AUGGGUUGUGGAAGCAGCAAGGCCGCCGAGGUCAAGCAGACCACCGUGGAAGCCGCCCCAAGCUCGGCAGCACCAACGGCGACCAAAGUCGACGUCUCACAAUCGAACAAGAGCGUUGCGCAAGCAGAGGGCGACAAGAACGACACAUCCACACAGCAAGCGCAGCAAGAUUCAGCACAAGCAAAGCCAGACACGAAAAAGGAUGAAGCAGCAGCAAGUCAAGGCAUGAACACCGAUGCGGACCUCAGCGUAACCGGCCGCAAGAUUGAGAGCAGAGCCGGCUCACGGGACCAACAGAACCCACCGGACACGCCUGCGACAGACGACGACUAUUCGCGCAUGACGAGCGCCAUCUCCACGCGGAGUGCACCGCCGUCCAUUAUGGAGAGGCCCUCGUCCCGCGGCGGCCGCGCAUUCGAGAUCAGCUUUGAGGAUGGCGAUGUGCGCCGUGCGCCGCGUCGGCUGCAGAAGUUGCAGCACUCGUCGCGCCGGCGCAAGGGCGACUUGACGCUCGACCAGCUGCAGCGCAAGCUCGAGGCCGCCGAGAAGAGGAAGAAGGAGUACGAAAAGCGCAUUCUCGAGAAGAUUUCCGUCGACACGCGCAAGCCCGCUGACCGCCGAGAGGAGCAGACGGAGCAGCAGGCAAAGGAGGUUGAGAAGAAGGUCGAGAAGAAGGUUGACAAGGCAAUGGAGAACCGGGAGGCGCAUCUGCGAUCGCUGCGGGAGAAAUUGCGCGCACGCGAAGAGCACGGCCGGAAAGUACGGGAGAAGAAGCAGCAGCAGAAGACGGACCAGAGCGAGGCCUGA